GCUUGUAUUUAUAGUUGAAAUCCUUCCGAUAGACCGAGGAAAUUCCGACGGAAUUCCGAUGCCAACGGCUAGUUCGUCGGAAUUUCCUCAGAAUUUUUAAAAUCCUCCAACGGCUCUCUAACGUCUAUAAUAUUUCCUCGGAAUUCAUCGGUUUUUUCCGAGGAAUACAAUUUUCCUCGGUAUUCCAUAAGAAUAUUCUGACGGAAUGAUGUUUCCUCGGAAUUCCGUCGGUAUAUUCCGAGGAAACCAAAUUUUGUGUUUCUUCGGAAUAUCCUCGGAAAUUCUUCGGGAUACUCCGAGGAUUUCAUUUUCCGUCGAAAUGUCCGUCAGAAUACCGCUGUUUUCUUGUAGUGUUCCUAUUACAGCUAAUCCAGUGUUUCAUGAAAGAACAAAAGACACUGAAAGAUAUUGUCAUCAUGUUCGCAGCUAAAUCGAAGAUCAUUUCUACGGAGGAUGUUACUUCCAAGAACCAGCUGGCAGACAUUCGCACUAGGGCCCUUCCUCGCCCACUUUUCGAAGAUUUACUAUCCAAAUUAGGUAUUCAAAAUCUUACACUUCCAACUUGAUGGGGAGUAUUGGGAUAACUACUAGAAUAUAUACGAUAAAUCCUAGCUAUCUUAGGAUAAUGAUAGAAUAAACUUCUACUCCUUAUUGUCUUAGGAUAUAUUUCUUGUAUAAAUACCAAGAUAUUGUUUGUUAAUAAGAUAACACAUUAUAUUCUAAACAAUUACAAGCAGACAACAACAUUUUUAUGGAAAUACUCGAACUACCAUUGUUUAUAUUUUAUAUAUCAUAUAUUGGAAGAAAAAUUCCAAAAAUUAUUUACAAAGUGACCCUUGUAUAAGGGUGGACAUGAUUACUCGUUACUUGAUCGGUACUUGAUUUGUAAAGUCGAGUAUUUGGUAUAACCAAGUCGAGUAUCAAGUAAUCUAUUUAAAUUACUUUAAGUACAAGACAAGUAUCAAGUAUUAAGUAUUAAAAUAAACAUAACUAUUGGGCGUUGUUGGCUUGUUACUUGUAAUGAACAAAGAAACAUUUUUUUCUAAAUAAAAAAAAAAAAUUAUAAAUCAUACUAAAAAACUCGUUUAUAUUUCCAUAAAUGAUGUAUUUAUAUAAGAAUCUUGGAGGUUUAUCUUUCUUAUAUAUUAUAUUUCCAGCAUUAACUAAACCGUAGAAAAAACAAUGAAAUCUUCUUUAUAUAUAAUAAAGUUAUUUAGCUUUAAAUUCUAACGAAUUAUCAAAUAAUUUAUCAGUAAUUAUCAAGUACCUUUCAAGCAAUUAAUUUAUAAGUAGCAAGUAAUAAAAGAAAUCAAGUAAUUUUCAAAUCCGUCAUUUUAGUAACUAUUUGAAAUUCCAAAUACUCAUUUUUAACAAACUAAAUACAAGUCCAAAAUUUUAAUACUUGUACAAGUUGAGCCAAGUGCUAAGUAUACCAAAAAUACCAAGUAUUCGGCUUGUGUCCACCCCUACCUUUUUGUGCAUCAAGUUUUAAUAUGAAUAUAGUAUUAUAUAUUUAUAAUCAAGAAAGUUGACACAGACGAGAGGAAAUUGCAUCUCACGUGCGACAACAACUUUCUCUCUAAUCGCUUCGUUGUUUUAGGGUGGAGGAGCUACGGCGGAAGGCGAUGUCGCCGGAACCUGUAGUUGUCUCCAUCCACUGGAAAAUGUGCAAUGAGACGGAGCAAUACAGAUCCGGAGGUUUCUGAAGGUACUUCUUUCUCAGUUUGCGUGAAUCAGUAAGGAUAUGAAGUUUGACCUCUAUGGCGGUUCCGCCGCUCUGGUGCCUCAAAGGUUGUACAGCGGCGCUCCAUGAUAGAGGAAGACGGGAAGUUGUUGGAAGCCGAUAGACAGUCAUCAAAAUUGGAGCCUGUCGCCGAUUGAGGUAAAGGUUUUUGGUUUAGGGGGAUCUCGCUCAAGAGAUGGCGGUUCUUUUCAGUUUGCUUCUCACCGGCUCCGAGCUCUCCCUCUACCACUUCUGAGAGAGAAAGGAGUACGAGCAUCUCGGAAUUGUGACGUGGAAGAUCUUGUGCAGAAAUCGACGUUAGAGUUUUUAGAGUUGGAUUUCUUCCAGAUCCUACAUGUUGAGGCUACGGGGCGCCUCCGUGGGUGUUUGAUUGAAGGAAACCGGUGGUGGCUCUAGUGCUGGCUUGGACACCCUGUCGUGAAAAGCCUCGGUAACUGGAUUAAUAAUUAAUCACCAGUGUUCAGCAGAGGAGGGAAAAAAUUUCCCUAGCCUUCUUUUGUCGCCUUUGACCCUCUGUGCUUCGUUGAAAAUUUGAAAUUUUGAAAUUUUCGAAUUAAAAAAAAAACAAAAGGGUGAAAUCAAAUAUUCAUAUUUCAUUAAAGACUCAGGGAUAUAAGCGAUUAGAGAAGGCAUAGAUAAUUGUUUCCUGAGAUAUGGGGGUAUUGAAGGUGUUGGUCCCAUGUAACCUAGCCUGAUGUUUCUUUAUGUCCCAGUGGUCUGUAAAUCUUGUUCCGAGUUGCCCCUAUACGGGGAUGAAUUUAUUAAUAUACAUCAAUACUAUUAAAAUAGAAAUUUUUUUUUUAUCUACCUACAAAUAGUCUAGCUUGGAUCAUUACAUUUAUUUAACUAUCUAUUAUUUCUCCUACAACUAACUUAGUUAUUAUUAAAUAUAUACUAUAUCUAACCAAUUAUUUUAAUACUUUAAAAAUAAGAUAUCUAAAAAAAUAUUCUUAAGUAUAUGUUUCUAAAAUUGCAUUUUAAUAAUAUCUUUAAUACCUUUUUGUUUAAAAUGUAAAUACACAUUUCUUUUUAAUAUUUGGUUUUAAAUUAUGAAAUUCAUAAUUGAUAUUAACUAUAAUUAUAAACAAAUAUUAAUUCAUUUUAAGUUAUAGAAUAAAAAAUUACAUUUCGAUAAUAUUUAUAUAUACAUAAUUUAUAUUCAUACUUAAAUUACUAAAAAAAUUAAUAAAUAUAAAGUAACUUAUUCCAUUUAUUAACUAUUCUAUAAAUUAUAAAAUAACAGAAUAACAUAUAUUAAUGAAUUUUACAACAUACUUCAACUUAUUACAACAAAUAUUAAAGUAAUAUAUAUAAACUAAUAACUAAUUUCAUAUUUUAAUAUACAUAUUUAAAUUAGAAAAUUAAAAAUAAUUCAAUAUAUUUAUCAAGUAUCAGAUGGAUUGAAUACAUAUAGUAAAUUUAUAUAAUAAUAAAAUAAAAAUUUCACCAAUAUAAAAAUUAAAAUAAAUUCAUACUAUAAGUUAAAGCUACAAAUAUAAAUAAAAGUGAUACGAGGCAGGUUAUAUAAAUGAAUAAUCUUAUUUUGAUAAAAUUAAAUUCAUGUAAAUUUUAAUUUAAUUAUAUAUACUUUAAAAAAAUAUUUCUAAAUCGCGGGAUUAAUUUAUUCAAAAACUUAUUUACUGAAUUUUAUACAUAUGUGCUGUAAAAAGUUGUUGAACCAUUUCAUUAAUAACAUAAGACUUUAAAUUAAAUAUAAAUCUAUGAAAUUGUUGGAUUAUUUCAUUAAUAACCUAUCAAAUCAAAUUAAAUAAAAAUCUAUGAUAUUAAUAACAGAUGCAUAUCAACCAUAUUUUGUCAACUACCAUAUAAAACAUCUCCAUUAUAAAGUUUAAUAUUAUGUCACGGCUUAAAAGGAAAAUUAUUAUAUCAUGUUUUAUUAAUUAUAUAUCAUAUGAAAGAGCUCCAUUAUAAUGAAGACAUUCAGCUAUUCUUUUGUGACAUUAUAAUGAGAAACAUAGUCUAAUACAUAUUCUUUUUUUUCUAUUACUAAUUAUUAUUUUAUGUAAAUGUACUACUUAUUAUAUUAAUAAAAAAUUUCAUAUAGAUGAUACAAAUAUAUUAACUUAUAUUUUUCAAGUUUAUAAUCAAAUUUAAUCCAAGUUUAUAAUCAAAUUUAAUCCAAUUUUUAAAGCAUCACUCACAAUUUUAGAAGUUACAUUUAAAUAAUCUAAAAAUUUAAAGAUUCAAAUGCCAUCUAUAUAAAAUCUAACAAUAUAUUUAUUCUACACGAAUUUUCUUAAAACGAAAGAAUUUUUUUUAAAAGAAUUAAACAAAUUAGAGAAUAUACCUCUAUUUUGUUAACAAGAGUAAUAAAUAUCUCCAGAAAAUAGUAACAAUAUUUUUCCUAUUUUUAAAAAUAUCAUGAACUUAGAAGAUAUAGUUCCAUAAUCUUGCGCCCUCUUAAUACUAUUCAAACCAUGUAAUAAAUGUAUCCACAAUAUUUUAACAUUGGCGCUCAUACUAACUAAUUUCUAAUAUUUUAACAAAUAUAAUUAUUUACAUAAAAAUAUAUUUAUAGAAGUAAUUUUAUGUUAUCAUAAAAAAUUUCUAUAAUAUUUUGAUAAGAUUGCAACUCAUAUAAAUGCACAUAAGAAAAUAACCAUGACUGAAAAACUUGCAUGUAAUGCUUGAAAUUAUCUUUAUGUUUUGAUAUGUGUUAAUUUUAUCUGAAUCAUGUGGUUGCUUCUAUAUAGUUUUUAGUAAUAGAUAUCAACAAUAUCCUAUAUAUAUAUAUAUAUAUAUAUAUAUUUAUUUAUUUAUUUAAAAUUAAUGGAAUAUAUAAACAAUUUUUUUUGAUUUUUGGUCUAAGCAGGUUUGGAAUUUAAUCGAAAUCGAUCAAAAAAAAGAUGGCUUUAAGUUAAACGGGUUUGCCUGUUUUAAUUUCUUUGUCAAAAUAUUUGACACAUUUUUAUUAAAUUUAUAAUGUAAAAUAUUCUGCGCUUUAAAAUCUAAUAUUAUUUUCAGAAAGCGGUUACACGUGUAUAGGCAAGUUUAAAUCGUCUUAAGUUGAAAAAAAAUAUCCAUCAAGUUGGUAGCUGCUACUUUAGGUAAACAAAAAUCUAUACAAUUUAUACAACUCAACGACCAUCCGUGAUAAAUGGUGAAGAGUGUUUUCGUUUGACUUCCUCAGUCCCCACGUGGUAAGAAUUUUCGUUGCUUAUAAAGAUUGGACCUUUUCUCUUUCACUACGAAUCAAAGUAAUAUAAAAUAAUAGAUCCAAAAAAAAUAUAUAUCUUCAACUUUUUUAUUAGUGGCGUGCAGUAUUCGAAUUUGGACAGUGACACAAUAAUGAUUAUCAACACAUAUCAUUGAAUAUCUCAAUACAAUUAAUUUUACGUUGAAAAUUCGUAAGCAUAAAGAUCAGCCAUGUCUCCUGGUCCAACAAACCGAGAAGACAAAGCGACAUCGCAUAGUUCAAAGAUGGGCAGAGGUAGUUCAAACAAGAAUGAUAGUUCGAUGGGUUCCAAAAACCCAUUCAAACAUCAUCUAUGAGGACAAUCAAUUGGAACUGUCGACAGAUUGGAAAUUAUUUCACAAUUCGACACUUUGAAAAGAUGUGUCAGAAUUAUCUCCGAAAAUAUAUCAGAAGUUACUAUUGCAAACAUUGAAGCCGGUUUAGGAUUUGAUCGUUUGUUUAUCAUUGAGCCAUUUGGACUCAGCGGAGUUUUAGUUUUAUUUUCUAUAAAUGCAUUUCAAAUAAAUGUUUUAUUCUCAAGUAAAAAAAUGAUUGACGUUCAUGCAGUCAUUGAUGGAAUAAACGUCUUUAUGACGUUUGUUUAUGAUGACCAUGUGUUAGAAAGAAGAGAUCAAGUUUGGAAAAAUUUUACGCGUUUUUCAACAACAAAAUCUGGACCUUGGUUUAUGAUAGAAGAUUUUAAUGAAUCACUGGUCACAAUGAGAAAGAAGGAGGAAGACAACACACUAACAUCUCAUUUCUACUUUUUAAGUAGUUGCUAAGCGAUUGUAGGAUGUUGGAGUUUCCAUUUUUGGAAACAUGCUAUCAUGGGUAGGAUAAUGAGUAGGAAAAACCACUCAGAUGCCUCUUAGACAAAGCUGUUGGAAAUGAGGAUUGGCAUGAUAAGUUUUCUCACUCUGUUGUCAAGUAUAUGAGGUUGUGGAGAUCGGAUCAUCAUCCGGUCCUAGAAGACAUUUUCACAAAACCAACGAGAAAAAAAAAUUUAAUUUGACAAAAAGUGGCUCAAUAAUGAAGAACUAAGACAAGUCAUUCUAGAAGGAUGGAAGUCUCCAUAUUUUUCUCCUGACGCAAAUAGUAUGGACCACAUUUCGAGUUGCCGCAGAGCUUUAAGCGAGUGGAGGAGACAUCAUAAUUUAAACUCAGAGGAACUUUUAGAGUAUCUGAAAAAAAAGGUGGAAGGCUUGUACUCGAAUGAUAACUCUACGACCAAGGAAAUAGCAGAAGUUUUAAAAGAACUAUCUGAUGUUCUUAAGGUAGAGGAGAUGUUCUAGAAACAAAAAUUUAGUUUUCUGGCUAAGAGAACGCGACCGAAAUACAAAAAAUUUCCACACCUAGAAAAAGCAUAGGAGGGCAAGGAAUAAAAUCACACAGCUUUUAGAUGCAACUAGAAAUGUUGUCGGAGAUGAUGAAGGACUGGUAACCAUUGCUAUUAGUUAUUUUAGACAAAUUUUUUGAGUCAUCUAAUCUAAAAGAUAUAGAAGAAGCACUAUAUGAGGUAUCAACAACAAUCAUUGAAUCAAUCAAUGAUGAGCUUACACGCCCGGUCACUGAAUAGGAGGUGAAAUUAGCACUCUUUGCUAUGCAUCCAGAAAAAGAUCCAGAGUCGGGUGGGAUGAGUGCUCUCUUCUAUAAAAAAUUAUAGGAUAUUGUAAAAAAAUAUUUAAUUCAUAUGGUUAAUCAAUUCCUAUUCUAGGGAUCGAUGGCGAGUGGACUAUAUGAUACUAAUAUCUUCCUAAUCCCAAAGAUUAUUAAGCCGACAAAAAUGUCAGUUCCGCCCCAUUAGCUUGUGCAAUGUGAUCUAUAAGAUAGUCUCUAAGGUCUUAUGAUGGCGAUUAAAAAAGUUCUUCCUCAUAGAAUUUCAUAAAUCUAGUCAGCCUUUGUUGUUGUAAGGUAUAUGUCAGAUAAUAUCAUGAUUGCUCAAGAAAUUUUCCAUGCACUGAGAACAAAACCAAGUGGACGAAAUAAAAGGAUGGUCUUUAAGACAGAUAUGAGAAAAGCGUAUGAUAGGAUAGAAUGGUCGUUUAUCAAAGCAGUUAUUCAGAAAAUGAGAUUUUUGGUAAUUUGAAUUACAUGAUAAUGUGUUGCAUAACUUUGGUAAAGUACAUGAUGCUUAUAAAUGGUCAAUCAAGGGGAAAUAUUAGCCUGGAGAGAGGUCUAUGUCAAGGAGAACCUUUGUAUCCUUUCAUUUUUAUUCUAUGCACGAAAGUGCUCGUUUCUUAAUCAUGCAGAGAGUCAAAGAAAAAUAAUAGGGAUAUGUGUCACACGCUCGUGUCCCUCGGUAUCUCACCUCCACUUUGCUGAUAAUAGCAUUUUCUUUUGUGAGAUGGAGCCCCGUGAAUGUGAAGAAGUGAUGAAAGUAGUCAGGAAAUAUGGACAAGCAUCAGGCCAAUGUAUCAACUUUGAGAAAUCCUCUCAACUCUUUGGUAAAAGAAUCAGCACAAAUGUUAGACAACAAAUUAAAGAUACACUUGGGAUCCAGAAUGAAGGAGGAAAUGAGACAUAUUUAAGAAUCUCAACAGAUAUUAGUGGCUCCAAAUGCAAGUUUUUUUCUUUUCUCAAGGACAAAUUAAUUCAUAGAAUGAAUGGAUGGACAUGAAGAUGGCUAUCAAAAGGAGGGAAGGAAAUCUUAAUCAAAUCUAUAAUGCUAGUUCUUCCGACAUAUGUUAUGUCUACCUUCUUAUCCCGUUGGAGAUAUGUAAAAAUCUUGCAAGUGCCAGUGCACAAUUAUGUUGAGCUUAAAUUCACCAAAGAGAGGAAUUCAUUGGGCAAAAUGAAAAAAGAUUUGUUUACCAAGAGAAGAGGACAAAAUUGGUUUUUGUAUGAUCCAUGAAUUCAACCUAGCUUUACUUGCAAAACAACUCUUGCGACUAGUCCAAUACCAAGAUUCGUUAGUAACUCGAGUUUUGAGAGGAAGAUACUACAUAAUGAGUUCGUAUUUGCGAAUAAGUUAUGCAAGCAGUCAUCCUAUAUAUGGACUAGUAUUUCGGCGAUAUAAAAAUUACUGCUAUUGAAAAUUAAACAGAAAAUACAUUUUGGAGGACCCUUGGAUUCCUACACAAGCUAGGCCGGCUCGACCUACUGCCCCUGCUAUGCACCUGAAUAUAAGAGUCAAUAACCUCAUUAAUGGAGAAUCAAAGGAAUGGGAUGUUGUAUUACUAGAGAAUUAUGUUUCCCUUGAUGAUAUUCCUCUCAUAAAAAGUUUGACGGUAAACUCAACUCAUCUUUAUGAUACAUUUGUUUACACAAAGAAUGGGUAUGAUACGGUUAAAUCGGGAUAUUGGGUAACUCGAAACCUAAUGAAGACUGAGGAAGAUAAGGAUGUCUUGGAGCCUAGUAUAACCAAACUCUAAGCCUUUCCUUGGAAGGUAAAAGCACCUCAUAAGAUAUGUCAUCAUAUGUGGUAAUGAUAACAUGACAUAUGGCUGUAACAAGAAAUCUGACACGUCGGAAUAUGAGAUGUGACAACUAUUGCUCGCGAUGUGGAGAACCAGAAGAAAAUGCUACUCAUGCCAUAUUUGAAUGUCCUCCAGCUUGCAAGUAUGUUCUCUGUCAACAACACCAUCUAUUCCUAACAUCUUUUGCUACCGAGUAUUUAUGCUAAUAUGGAUUACCUAUUUAGGAAGAAGAAUAGAAUUGUUGAACCAGAACUCGACAUAGACCUUUACUCAUGGAUAAUCUAGUAUAUCUGGAAGGCUCAAACGAUAAACUAGUUAGGAUGAUAGACAAAGACCUUUUGGAGCUAGUCUGAUAUGUGGAAAGUGAAUGUUAGGUCUGGUUCAAUGCAAAUGAGAUGGUACCACCCAACACACAGGAGCAUAGUAGUGAGGAACUCCAAGUCAUAAGCUUGGAUAAUCUAUGUAUGGUGGAUGGUUCAUGGACUUCCUCAACACAAUUCAGUGGUUGUGGUUGGGUUUGGAAGGAUAAUAUCGGAAAAAUCCAACUUAUGGGGACAUAAAACAUAAGAAGGCAUAAAACUGUUUUACAUUCGAAAGUAGAAGCACUGCGAUGGACAAUGGAGAACAUGCUACAAUAUUUGUUAUGUUAGAGCUUUGGGAUAUAUUGCAAGGAUCUGAUUGCGAUGAUAAAGGAGACUCAAGUUUGACCAAGUUUUGCAACCUAAUUGAAGGGGAUACAGACAUUGCAGAUAUGUUUUUCGGACUUCAAAAUAUCUCAUAUCGCAAGAGCAAAAAAAAUGAAAUUUCAGACUCCGCAUCUAAGAUUACAAGAUCUUUUUAUAGGAAAUUUUGUCACAUUGAUUGUUAUGGUAUAAUUACCAUUGACCACCUUAAAUUUAAAUAACAGAGUAGCAUAGCAGUUCGGUGUAAAAAAAAAGAAAAAAAAAAUAUAUAUAUAUAUAUAUAACACACCAGUCACUACCGAUGUAACAAAGACCAAAAUUGAUCUAAUCUUUGGUCGGUCUACUCAAACCAAAUUUGAUUCAACCAAAACUUUUCCUGAUCAAUCCAAUUUGAAAUCGAUCCUCCCUGAACGUAACUUUGAUAAUGAAACUAUGUCUAGAUUAGUGAUUACAAGAACUACCAUAUGGAUAAAACUUGCAGAAAUCAUAUAUACGUAGUGAGAUGAAAUCUUAAAUCAACUGAAAAGUUAUCAAUUUUUUAACAAACUAUAUCACAGAUAUAUUUUCUUUUCAUGGAUUUUAGAUAGUCAAAAUUGAGGAAGAUGUAAUAAAGUGAACUUAUCAUUAGGUAUAUAACCUGCCAAUUCAUUUUGACUAAUAAGUGAAUAUUUUCAUCAUUGAAAAAGGUUCAUUUAAAGCACUUUCUUUGAAUGUAAUUUUAGAUAAUAGUAUUAUCUAUAGUAUAAAACUAAUAAAAUCAAAACGUUAUUGUGGCCAUAUCAACUCCCAGAAAAAAUUAUGAACUAACUUUUCUUCUGCAUAAUACUAUAACAACCAUCUACUACAAAAACUUAGCCAAUGAAACCUUCUUUGAAGUAAUUAUCCAACAAAUCAUUAGAGCAAAUUUGUCGAAUCCUAGACCAGUAAUCGCUUCUAGAAACAAAUCAUUUAAAAUAUAAAAGAGAAAAGACUAGAGAUUCCGUUUAAUGAAAUGUAUUGAGGAGAUGGAGAAAAAUGAUACGAGUUUGAAUUCUUAAGAAAAAAAAUGAAUAUGUAGUCAACGGGGUAAGAACUCCUUCUCUUUCUCUCUUUUUUUCGCUUCUCUUUCUUUUAUAGGCGAUUGCCUUGUUCUCUUUCUGAUUUCUUUCAUGGACCAUCAUUAUGUCUAUGCGCUUGUAAAGUCGUCGGCGAGGCAGUCAGCAGCUACAUUCGCACCGCCGCGACUAAAUCUUAAGUCCUCUAACCGUUCUAUCGUGUGUGUCAAAGACCUUCUAAGCGAGCAUGCAAAGAGGAUAUUCGUUCGGAAAUGGCCAGGAAACUCUUCUUCUCAUAGGCUUCGUUUUUUUGGGGUCAGGUCAACUCUGGUGUCUGUAUGGAUAUACAUACCCUCCUCCACCAAAAUUGUACUAUUAGUUUCAUUGCAACAUUCAAAAUUAUUAUAUUCUGGAUACCUUUGGGUGGAUGUCUCUGGAUCAUUUUAUACAUUGCUUAAACACUUUUUUGUAAGUCACGAAGUGGUUCGGGCCUUACAGCCCCGACUAAUCCCUUAGGAUCAGGGAUAAAGACCGGCUUUUUUAAUCAUCCCUUCAGAUUAUCAAACGUAUACGAACCGGAACCUCUGGCAUAAAUGCCUCAGAUCUUUUCAAGUUGAGCUUACUCGUCCUGGGUUAGAUUUUUCAAACUUAAGCACAAGACUCUUCCAUUGACUUUCUAGAGUGGGUUGGGACGUCUUAUGCUCUCUUUAUUUUCUUCUUAACGUCUUUAUAUUGCAUUUGAUAGCAACAAAGUAAGAAACUUCAUAUUUGAAGCUCGAGAUCAUAAGAGAAUACCUAUAGUCAUUAGCAUAUGAGUGAUUUUUAAAUAGUACUCCUUUGUACCAUUUUUUUUUUUUUUUUUUUGAAUGAAUGUUAAAUUUUAUUCACCAAAAAAGCCUUUUUACAUCCUGUGUAAUCCUCUUUAAAAACUAAGAUCAAACUUUAAAAAUAUUUCUAACAUUCUAUUUAAAGUCUUGUUUGAAACCAAAAUUGAAGAGCAGUCUCUAAACCUCUCCUCUUCCUUGUACUCAUCAAACUCAACUUGUUUCUAAUCCCCUUCUCAGUAAGCUUUUGUAGCAUGGCAAUAGGUAAAGGUUUCUCCCCAUGCCUGAUACGAUUUCUCUCCCUCCAAAUAGCAUAGAUAGCAGUCUGGAAAGCAUAUCUAAUGCAGAACAUUCCCUUUUUAUCCAAACUUCCACUUGUAACUAUCCUCACCAAUAAAGACCAGUUGAUGGAAUAAGUACCCAGCAAUAUACCCUUUGCGAGAUACUCCCAUAGCUGUGAAGCAUAAGAGCAUUCGAAAAACAGAUGAUUGCGAGUCUCUAUAGCAGCCUUACAUAGCACACAUGCAGUAUCAACUCCUUGGCUCCAUUUCAUAAUCCUAUCCAUUGUGGAUAGUCUAUCCUUCAUAGCCAGCCAGGUUAUAAAUGCAAAUUUGGGAGUUGCUUUAGUAAACCAAACUCUCUGAGACCAGUCACACUGCACGUUAGGCUCCCUUAUCAUCAUCCAGGUUUCAUUAGUUGAGAAAGCCCCUCUGAAUCCCGACCUCCGUUUCCAAUUACUGACAUCAUCUCUCUCACCCUGAAUAUUACUUCUCACCGAAUCAAGUAUCCUUUCAACUUCUUGAAGAAUAUCUGAUCUGUGGCGCCUUCUUCUACGCAAAUUCAUGAUCGCUUCCUCGAGAGUAGCCUCCUUUCUUAUACCCAAAUCUAUGAUGCCUCUCUCAUCCAAAAGAUCAAACAUCACACCUCUAUCCGACCAGCAAUCAUACCAGAAUGAGAUAUGUCUUCCAUUCCCAAUCUCCUUUGUACCAUUUUAAGUGAUUGUUAAGGUCUUUUUACUUAUAUUAAGAAAAUACAAACUUCGAUACAAUUUAUUUUGGUUACAUAAAAAAAUUAUUAAAUGAAAUUAGUACAACUAAUAAAAAAAUUCAGUAUUUUGCAAUUGGUCACAAAAUUUAAAUAGUAUUAAAUUCUAUCUAGAAUAAUGAAAAUACCAAUUAUUUUGAGACCAAAAAUUUUUUUCUAUACACCACUUAAAGUGAUACGGAGAGAGUAUAUUAUCAUUAGCGAUUUGUCUAGAAUUUUAUUAUUUAUUAAUAAUGAAACGCGAAAGUUAUCAAUAGUUCAUGAGUUUUUGAUAAGUUAUUAUAUACGACUUGUGAAAAUAUAUUUUUUCAUUUAGUUUUCAAAACGAAAUCAAUUUGGUGACUCGACCACAUGGGAUAAUAAAUAAACGAAAAACCGAAAUCAAUAUUUAAAAGUUUUGCAACGAGCCGUACGCGGUCUGAUGGCCUUUAGUUAACGUCAAAGUGUCAAACAUUUGUAUCUACAUCAACGAUUGAGAACUACGUGUAGAUUAAAGAUUAAUAUAAAAUAAAAUAUAUAUUACUAUAAUCAGCUGGAAAACCUCCAUGCAGUAGAGGCAGACUACUCAACACAGUUGUACGUUAGUUACGCACACACAAAAUGGACGCUAAGCCGGCGGUGAAAAUGACACGUUAUAUAAAAACGUAUUUGUUAUUUGCAUAGCGGUGCCGGUGCGUUACGGUUAUUAUAUGGGGUAUCGUUCAAAUGUAUCGAUUGCAGUUGCGGUUGCAUGAAUCUGCGGUAACGGAUGGGUGUGAUUUCAAGUUUUAUUAAAUGUUUCGUUUGAUUGGUUUAACGUUUAAAAAUUGUUGUAUUUAUAGAAUAUUUUUGACUGGUUUACCCACAGAUGCAAAAAUCAAUUAAUAAAAAAUUAUUUAAUAGACAAAAAAUUUAAUUAUAAAAGUGAGAAUUUUAAAACCUAAUAAUUAAAUUAUAAAUAAUAAAUAUAAAAUAGUAAAUAAUAAAUAAUUUACUUGUCUGCAGGCACAAACUGUCGCACUGUUGAGAUCAGAUGCGGCUUGGAGAGUGGAUUCAACAGUCGCUGGACUGGGAUGGACAAUCUCAACACACGAAAAAUCACGGGAGUACAUGGGACUGGAACUACAAGUGUUCUCGCCUCUAAUGGGAGAAGCUAUAGUGUUGCGGGCAGGACUGAAAAAGUGCAGGGAGAUGAGAUUCUAUCAGGUUAAAUGUGAAUCAGAUUCCAAAAUGCUAAUCAAUAGCAUCAAGAAUGGUAAUGCAUUACCAGAGCUAUACAGUGUCGUGGCAGAUAUUCUCUGCAUUGCGAAUGAAUUUGAUUCAAUUUCUUUUGCUUGGAUUUCGAGAGAAAAUAACAGAGCAGCAGAUGUGCUUGCGAAACAGAGUUUUGAGUGUAUUUGGAGGGGGUUUAGCUCCCACCUAACUUCUUAUUAUCUAAUGAAUGGAAGUUGUGUUUCAAAAAAAAAAUAAUAAUAAAUAUAAAAAUUAUUUAUAAAUCAUAGUAUUAUAAUAAAUAUAAAAAUUAUAUACAUAAAAUGAUAGUAUAUAUAUAUACAUAUUAGUAUUUAUAAAAACUUAUUAUAUUUGUUUAUUUUUAUAUUUACAUAAUGUUUACAAAAAGAAUUAAAAAAUUUACGCUCUCACAACGGUCCGCAACCGCAAACGCUAUAUCGAGAAUCAGCUAUUAAUUUUGAGGUUUGAAGCGGUGUAAAGCUGUUUGUAGCGGUUUGUAUGAUUUUUAUAAAACGCCGACAACCGCUAUUAAUCGCAAAAGCUAUGUUUGCAUGUGGUAGGGGAAGAAAACCAGUCAGUUCUGAGUUUUUUUUUGGUAAAAUAAUGUUCUGAUUUUAGAGAUGAAUAUGGUACAAGUAAUUAAUGAAAGGUACUAAGAUAACUACAUAAACAAUUUAUAGUGAACGUGGCACGUAAUUUGCAAUAUGCAUACGUGAACUACUUCCGAAGCCACGAAAACUAAACAUAAGUUCUGAUCAAUAAUAAUAAUAAAACUAAUUAUUCAAAUCCACCUAACCAUACCCACCAUGUCCAUACGAGAUCUCCAAUACUCCAACUCCUCUAUAAAUUGCUAUGAAAUAUCUCUUUUCCAACUUACACCCAAAACAAGAAAAAACAACGAAGGCAACAAAGAAGAAAACACAACCCUCUUCUGGCUAGACUCUUUCUUUAAUUUCUCCCAUUUUCUUUGAACAAAAGAUCAAUGGCCCCCAAUGAAGACGGCUCUAUCGGGAGCUCCUUGCAUGGAGUCAGGGCAAGGGAACAAGUCUUCUCCUUAUCCGUUGAAGAUGGCCCUUCGUCUCAAGCCAUCCGAUCAGAUGAUCCCACGGCUAAGUUCGCCAUCCCGGUUGACUCAGAACACAGAGCAAAAGUGUUCAAACCACUCUCCUUCGCCAAACCACACAUGCGAGCCUUCCAUUUAGGAUGGAUCUCUUUCUUCACUUGCUUCAUCUCCACCUUCGCGGCCGCACCUCUAGUCCCCGUAAUCCGCGACAACCUCGACCUGAAUAAAACUGAUAUAGGAAACGCCGGAGUCGCGUCCGUCUCUGGCGCCAUUUUCUCAAGACUCGCUAUGGGUGCCGUAUGUGACCUUCUAGGGGCACGUUACGGCACAGCUUUCUCUCUUCUGCUCUCGGCUCCAGCUGUUUUCUUCAUGUCUUUCGUAUCUGAUGCGGGAAGCUACUUAGCCGUGCGCUUCAUGAUUGGUUUUUGCUUAGCGACAUUCGUGUCAUGCCAGUACUGGACUAGCGUUAUGUUUAAUGGAAAAAUUAUCGGACUCGUUAACGGAUGUGCCGGAGGUUGGGGAGAUAUGGGAGGAGGCGUGACUCAGCUACUCAUGCCAAUGGUGUACCACGUCAUCAAACUCACCGGAGCCACUCCUUUCACGGCGUGGAGGUUCGCCUUCUUCAUCCCCGGAUUUCUUCAGAUCAUUAUGGGCAUUCUGGUCCUCACUCUCGGCCAAGAUCUCCCUGAUGGUAACCUCAGUACCCUCCAAAAGAGUGGUCAAGUUUCCAAAGACAAAUUCUCCAAGGUAUUCUGGUUCGCUGUGAAGAACUAUAGAACAUGGAUCUUAUUCGUUCUUUACGGAUUCUCUAUGGGAGUUGAAUUAACCAUCAACAAUGUUAUCUCUGAAUACUUCUACGAUAGGUUUCACCUAACGCUUCACACAGCCGGUAUAAUAGCAGCCAGCUUUGGUAUGGCAAACUUCUUCGCCCGUCCCUUCGGGGGCUACGCCUCAGAUGUAGCUGCACGCCUCUUUGGCAUGAGGGGACGGCUAUGGACCUUGUGGAUCUUACAAACCGUUGGAGCUCUGUUCUGCAUCUGGCUCGGUCGUGCUAGUUCACUCCCUAUAGCUAUCUUAGCCAUGAUGCUCUUUUCCAUCGGCACACAAGCCGCUUGUGGAGCCCUCUUCGGUGUGGCACCAUUUGUUUCCCGACGUUCUCUUGGGCUUAUCUCAGGACUAACUGGCGCUGGAGGAAAUUUUGGGUCAGGAGUUACUCAACUUCUUUUCUUCUCCUCGUCAAGGUUUAGUACAGCUGAAGGACUUUCAUUGAUGGGUGUUAUGGCGGUUGUGUGUACUCUUCCGGUUGCAUUUAUACAUUUCCCGCAGUGGGGAAGCAUGUUCUUGAGGCCAUCGCAACACGAAGAAAGAUCUAAGGAGGAACAUUAUUAUGGAGGGGAAUGGACAAAGGAAGAGAAGAGCUUAGGACUACACGAGGGAAGUAUCAAAUUCGCUGAAAACAGCCGGUCAGAGAGAGGCCGGAAGGCUAUGUUGGCUGAUAUUCCAACACCGGUGACUGGAACUCCAGCUCAUGUCUAGUGAAAGAUAAACACAAUAAAAUCUUUUUCCACAUAUAAAUAAUCCUUAAAGAUAGCUUUUUUUUAAAGAUAGCUUUAUGUUUUCUUGUUUUAUGUUUCCUCUUAUGAGAGAUGUGCCGAGUAAGAUCCUGGCUUGAUAAGUGAGGUUCAGUGAGCCCGGUGCUCGUGAUGUAAAAUGUUGUUCUAUAUGAAUGGCUUCUCCAUCAGUUUUCUCUAUGUUUAUUGGGCCAUGUCUUUAAAGUCUUAGAAAAUUAAACUAUUGAUUCAAGGAUCAAGUACUGAAAAUGAAGGAGUGUUUUAAGACGCAACUAGUCAUAACUUAAAAGUCUACAUGAAGAAACCUUUCUUCCUUGGAGAGACGUCAUGCGGGCGAUUAUUAAGACCAAAGAAGAAGCAAUUGACUUGAGUUCUCUUUACUAUUCAGAAGCAAAUCGAGUCAAACGAAUUUAGAAAGAGUAAGAAGAAACUUAACUAGUAUCACGUGAAGAUCGCAGAGUGGAAAACUAAAGUUUUAUGAAAGUUAUCAAAAUCAGAACAAAGAUGUGCUAAAAUAUCGGAAUUGGGUUGGAUUUCUGAAGAAAAAUGUAGAUCUACUGAAGGCGCUAGAAGCUUGCCUUUUUUUUCCAGGUCAAAUACUAAUCUAUACUAUUAAAGCAGAAUCCCUACUAGGAUUCUGCCAUCGAGUUUUCAAGUUAUUUACAAGAAACUGUCACUACCUUUUUUUGCUUUUUUUUUUAAAAACGUCACCAUUAAUUACAACCAAUCCUAAUUUACUUUCUGCAAAACAAUUAAAGCAUAUUUAAUAUACUUUCCUCCUUCUCUCGAUUAUUUCCAAACUAAUUACCUGCAAAAAUUCAAACCAGUUACAUUCAGCCAUUACUAUAGAAAAAUACAAACAACAAUACAAAACAAUAAGGUUCCAAUUUCUAAAUCACCACAAAUAUCACACCAGUCGAAACUCAUCUAAUCUACAAAACAAUUACAUAUUACGUACAAGCAUUAAUAUUUUUGUGUCGAUUUUUUCAGACCAACUACAUUCAAUAAUUCAAACCGUUAGUUUCAGGCAUUAUUUGAAAACAUACAGACUAUACACCCUAAAAAAUACAGUUGAUACCCUAAAUCACUACAGUCUAACUUUGAGCAGCACAGCCACUAAACCUUAACAUACCUACAAACCAUAAGUUUUAAGAAAGAGUUGUUAUAUGAAAAAUUCAAUUAUAUAAUCUAUACUAUUUAGUAAAAUAAAUUCGUGGAGAUUUUAUAUUAGUGUAAUGUGAAAAAUUAACACUAUAAAUUUUCACUUAAAAAUGCUUUCCUAUAUAACUUACUAUAAUAUAUAUAUAUAUAUAUAUAUUAUAUUUUCUGAUAUUUACUGCUUACUAUUUUAAAAAUCAUUUUGAUAUUAUUAAAAUCUUUAACAAUCUAUAUAACAACUUUUAGAAAUAAAAAUUAAGUUGCGAUUCUCCUAAAAUAUAGUAACCAAAUUUUGAGUUAUCAUUAAAUUAGCCAUAAUAUUAGGCAUAUCACAUAUGCCAUAUUCACUAACCAAAAUCAGUGCAUAAUAAAUAAUUUUAACAAUAUAUAUAAGAUUCUCCUAAAAUAUGGCAACCAAAUUAAAGAAAAUCAUCAAAGCCAACAAUAAAUUUAGGCAUAUGGCAUAUUCUUGAUUCAGCUGGCCACGAUUUCCACAUUUUUCACGGCUUAAAUUGAAAACACUCACAAUACCUCAUUCUUAAUAUAAAUAUAGAGCAUGCUCCCAUCGACAAGGUCACAAACCACAGACCUCACGAAAGAACUUAUGGCUUCUAUUAUGAAAUUUUCGGCUAUUAAGGAUUUGAAGCCUUGGAAAACAACAUGGGCAGUGCAUGUUAAGGUCUUACACACAUGGAAACAACAAACAGGCGACACCAUGGAGAUCAUCUUAGCAGAUGAGAAUGUAAGAUUUAUAUUUGACUUAUAUUUUGACCUGUUUGUCUAAAGUAAUAAAAGUCGCACCAUUUUCGAAUUCAUGUUUCAUGUUCGUUCUAACCAAUUUCAUUCCUAUUUUUAACAUGGAAAAGGGUCGAAAAAUCACUGCAACAUGCAAAAUGACUUACAUUGAGAAAAGGCUACUUCCGGUUGGUGCAUGGUGAAACAUCCAGGACUUUAACCUGACUCCUGCAAGAGGAUAACAUCGAUCAACAGAUCAUGCAUACAAGAUGGUGUUUUCUCAAACCACAGCCAUUAAUCGGUCCAAUACAUUAAUGACGAUUUGUAUCUUUGUUUUGAUGACUUACAGACAGUUUUAUCUGAACCGCUUGAUGAAAUUUUCUUAGUAGGUGAAUAUAUAAUUCUUUUGACAUUUAACUUUAUAUUAGAAAGGUAAAAAUACUAAUCUAUUAUAAUAUUUUCUUGGUUGUUCAGAUGUGCUAGGACAUGUUUUGGAUUGUCAAUUCAAUUUACCGGUGGCAAGGAAAGAAAGAAACUUGAGUUCACCCUUCGUGGCAUCAAGUAAGGAUUCGUAUAAUUCAAUUUGUAUAUAUUUAGUAAGUUUGUUAUUUUAAGAUUUGUUAUUGAUUAUUGAUAUGUUGAUAGUGAUGUUCGGUUACCAUGUUGCCUAUGGUGUAACUUGGCCGAGCUUCUCUACUCUUCUUUCAAAGAAGAAGAUGGAAUGGUGGUUUGUUGUUAAGCUGGGCUAAAAUUGUAAGGUUUAGAGGUGACAAUUUCAUCUACACAUUUUUUUAUACUAUCUAUAUUUAUCAAAAUUUGACUAACGUUAACUGAACCUGUUAUAUAAUUUCAGGACAACUUCAAAUCUCUAACGCAUUUGACGCUUCUCAAGUGUUGAUCAAUCCGGCAAUACCACAAGUAGAUGAAUUUAAAAAUACGUGAAUUCUAAUGCUAUGUUAUGUUCUCGAAGCGUCUCUAUUUUUUGUGUAAAAAGUUAAUGUAAUAUGUAGUUUUGUAAAUUACAGGUACAGUGGGGAUACAUCACUUACAAUGAUUCAAGGUAAUGAGGUUAUGCCAAUGGAAAACAACAACCAGCUGGAGUUCAGCGUGAUAAGUGAUUGACUUUCCCCACUAAAAACAUUCAAGAAAUUCAAGCAUCAAGUCAGGUAAUGGCUUUAAAAAUCGUGCCUGAAAAAUUGAUAAUAUAAUGGUAACCUCCUAUAUGUUUCAGAGUAUAGUAUCAUGAAUCAAAAUCGUGCAUCAAAAUACUUUUCAUGUUCAACCAGAUCGUCCUCUUGGUCUUCUGCAUGUACCGAACUGAAAAACUAAAAAUAUUAGGAGAAAAAGGAGACAAAUCGAAAUCAACAGUACCUCAGAUUGUAAUGGCUGGCAAACAGAUUUCAAUCUCUUGCUUCGAGAUCGUUAUUGUUUUGUAGGAUAUGAAAUUUUGACCCAUCGCACCUCUGUUUCUCCCUUGAAUGGAAUCGUCGGGAGAGUUCCAGAAAAAAAUAUCAAGAGAAUUUUUUUAAAAAAAGGUUUACAUUUUGUUAUUUUUUGUUUAAACGGAAUGGUUACAAAGUCAAAUAUUAGUUUAUUGGACCGUAAUACAUGCAAACCCAACUUUAACCCACGAGGCUCAUUUGUGUAGAAUAUAUUUUUGUAUUUUCCACUAUCAAUUAAAAAACUCAGUUCUGUUAAAAGAUUAUAGGUUAGAUUUAAGAAUUUAACAAAGUAUUAUAACUACAAUUACUAAUAAAAAAACAAAUUACAUAACAAUUACUAAGAAUAAAAUUUUGUAAAUUAUGAGUACAAAUAAGUAUAUUAUAAACCAUAAAAAAUCAAAAAAAAAUUGUUAAUUGAUUAAAUUAUUUUAUAUUAAUUGCAUAAUCUUAUAAUAAAAAAAUUGACAGAAAUUUUAAAACGAAACAAAUCCCGCGCUUUGAAAGCGCGGGUCAAAAUCUAGUAUGCUUUUAAUAGGAAAACGAAAAAUUAUGUGUAUUCUUAUUUAAUUUGGCACUAGUGGGCGGGCUACACGUUUGUGGCCGCUUAAAUGUGAUUUGUAACUUUUAGAAUUACAGUUUUAUGAUGCAAUAUUUGUGAUCUUUUAAACAUUCUUUACUUUUCAGUUUAGUAGUAAAAGGGAAGGAGUUUUAAAAAAUCUACUUAUACUUGUUGGACAUAUUCAUUAACUAUUUGUUAUUUUUUUAUAUUUCCAUUAUUUUCUCUAACUAUACCAUAGUCUAAAUAAUUUAUUCUUUAUUAUGCUGAGAUUUGUCCUUAUUAUUCUGAGAUUUUGUAUGCCUUUUUUAUCAACCUGAGAGUUUAGUAUGUUUGGUCGGUUUAUAUGCCUUUCACCAACUGGAAUAUUUACCAUUUUUUCCAAAAAAAAAAUAUUUACCGCGUUUUGCCUUUUUAUUUAUUUUUAAAAUACCACAAGAAAAAGGCUAACCAAAUAAAUUUACUUUAUAAACUGAAAUAUGUGUUCGUAUUACAAUCUAUACGUGCAAAUUAACACGUUCGACUAACAUAUGAUUCUGGUUAAAUCACAAUCACGAUAUUUUGUGUAUGUUGCCGCGAUGAGCAAUAAUUUCGUAUUUCAUCAGUUUCAUUUGUAACAAAUAUUAUAAUUUGCUUCCUCAGAAUAAAAUUUUCUCACUAACAUUAAAAAUAAUAAUAAUUUGAACUAUAAAUACAUGUAAAAUCUGUACGUCAACAUAUAAAUCUUUUGGGCAUGUGAAUUUGAGGAUGUAGCUGGUUCCAGUUUCAAAAAUUAUUAGUCGACGAUAGGUGAGACUUGAGAUUACUUGGUUUAUCGGUCCGACUUCUGGUAAUCAUUUUAAAUAUAUAGUAAUAGAAAAGAAAAAAAUAAUUAUUAUAAAAUAUUGUUAUUUAAUAUAAGUUUAAGAACUAUAUUAUAAACUCUACAAAUCUGUACUAUUAAAUUAGCCAAAAAUACGUAAAUUAAUCUCAGGUCUCACCAAUUUAACAAAUGUAAUUAUUAUAAAUGCACACAAAUAAUAAUGAGAAAUACAAUAAGCAUGGCCAUAGAAUCUUCGGGUUGGUACAGAUCGGUUCAUUUCGAGUUUGAGUCCUUCAGAUUCUAGACAUUUGGACUUAAUUAGGUAUUUGAAAUUCUAAUGUUUGGGUUAAGGUUGGUCUUUUUUUUAUAGAUUUAUAUCCAUAAUUCAAAUACCUAUAAAAUAUCUGUAAUUUUGAAUACAUAAUAGGUCUGGAUCAGUUCGAAUAUUUAAGACUCGAAAAAGAUUUAAAAUAUCCAAAAAACUUAAAAUUACUCGAAAACCCAAAAAAUACCUGACAGAAAAACAUACCCGAAAACUCAAACGAAUACCCAAAAAUAUUUCAUAUCAUACAGUUCGUAAUAUAAUAAUGUACAACAAUCACAAAAUAUUAUUUCCUAUCAAAAUUUAUAUAUAAUCCAAAAUAAUCUGCGCUUUUGAAGCGCGGAUCAAAAUCUAGUUGAUGUUUAAAGUUAUAUCUAUUAAACAAAACAAAAGACAAAACGACACAGCUUCAGUUAUGGAUCAAAA